ACUGAGUGCUUGUUGACGUCAGCAAACUUAUCCAGCAGCUGUAGAGGAGCUGAGGAGGAGGAGGAGGAGAGGGACUGAGACUGCUGGAUGUGGAGCUCUGACUGUGGAGCGCCGAGGACCGUGGGCUUUUUUUUUUUUCUUCGGGACUGUUCGGACUUCUUCUCGCUCCAGUAAGAUGCAGCACUAAUGAGCACCCGUCAGCCUUUAGAUGAGUGAAGCACAACAAAGAAACCUGAACAUCAACAGUCCACACAGUGACAGUGGAAUAUAGGCAGAUACUCCGGAGGGACCUCGGAGACGCACAUUUUCCACUAUGAACCGCGCCUUCAACAGGAAAAAAGAUAAAUCAUGGAUGCACACCCCGGAAGCUCUGGCCAAGCAUUACAUACCCUACAAUGCCAAGUUCCUUGGAAACACAGAGGUUGAAGCCCCGAAAGGCACAGAAGUUGUGAAGGAUGCAGUCAGAAAGCUAAAGUUUCAGAGACAUAUCAAGAAGUCAGAGGGUCAGAAGAUCCCCAAAGUGGAAUUACAGAUCUCCAUUUAUGGCGUGAAGAUACUAGAUCCCAAGACAAAAGAUGUGCAGCAUAACUGUCAGUUACACAGGAUAUCCUUCUGUGCAGAUGACAAAACCGAUAAAAGGAUAUUUACUUUCAUCUGCAAAGACUCAGAGUCCAACAAACACCUCUGCUAUGUGUUUGACAGUGAAAAGUGUGCGGAAGAGAUAACUCUCACCAUUGGUCAGGCCUUCGACUUAGCCUACAAGAAGUUCCUGGAGUCUGGAGGCAAAGAUGUGGAAACCAGGAAACAGAUCGGAUCCCUACAGAAAAGAAUUCAAGAACUGGAAACAGAAAACUCUGAGCUGAAGCAACAACUUCAAGAUCUUGAAGAGCAGCUGAUGAUCGCUCACGUGCCACCACCGCUGCACAUAAACGCAGCUAAUGAAGCGUACAUGCUGCAGAGGCCCUCCGCUCUCUUCUGGUGUCACAGCAUCAAGUCGCUCUCCUGUCUGGAGAUCUCCUCUGUCACACUCACUCCUAUGAGUUCGCCGGAGUCCAACUUGUCCAGCGGGUUACUAACUCCUCCUCCUGCCAAACCUGCUCUACUUCCUCCUAAGCCUACUGAGGGAUGCAGCAUCCCGCGGCCUCGCGCAGGGAGCAUCUCCAUGAAACCACAGUCCACAGAUGUUUUCGACAUGGUUCCCUUCUCACCUGUGACACCGCUGGUGCCCACACUGGCCAGUAAUGGCUGCCCACCACCACCACCAACCACAUUACCACCAGACAUAAGGAAAGACCUGUUUGGGGCUGAGCCGUUUGAUCCGUUCACCUGUGGGUCAGCUGAUUUCCCGCCAGAUAUUCAGUCAAAGCUGGAUGAGAUGCAGGAGGGGUUCAAAAUGGGACUAACCUUAGAGGGCACCGUCUUCUCUCUGGACCCGCUCGACAGCCGCUGCUGAUGCCAAGAAGAUGCUCUUUGUUGCGUACUUUUAACUCGUUUGUAUGAAGAAGUGCCAAAAUCCACUGCUAGGGUUGAGUCAAGAUGUCACAGUUUUCAUCUUGAGGUUUAUAUGCAUUUGCAUUUAGAUUGGUUUUUCGAUAUUUCAAGGUAAACUCAGAUCCAUUAUAGAAAAGAACUAUUUUUGUAAAAAAAAAAAAAAAAAGAGA